CCUCGGCCUUACAGGUUCCGCUGAGCACUCUGGGAAAUAGAGUAGAAACAAAAUCGGGACCAGGUGGCGUGUGGGUAUUGUCCAGUUUUUACCCUGUUGAACGACAAUCUAAUCAGCGCACUCCGGCCUGAAGGCGACAGAGGGUUGCCAUGGAAACGCGUUGAGAAGGCAGUUCCUGAAAAGACAGUUCCUGAAAAGACGCUUGGAAGUAAGGGGCGGAGUUGAGGGGGGGAAAAUGAUAAUAUGACCUCUCUCUGAUAGGCGGAGAGAUGCCUCGUAGUUCAUCCCUCCUUACGAUUGGCUCCAAAUUGGCACAUGCGCAGUAGAACCAGGAGCCUUCCAAAAGAGGGUGGAAUUGGGAUGGACGAUGAGGAAAUAAUCCCUCCCCGGCACGACCCGAGGGCGGUCUGGCGGUCAGCAGCGCCUGCGCGGGCGCUGUCCUCCCUUCGGGUGGAGGAUGCGCGCGCAGCACGUUCCGCCACCCGGAAGUUUGCGCGGGACAACUAAGAAGGAUACUGUUAAGAUGGACUUGCCAGCCCAGUGAAUCUGAGGGCCAGACUGUGACCCCAUAAAAGCAUGAUCACCUUCUGUCCAGACUGUGGCAAAAGUAUGGAAGCAGCAUUCAGAUUCUGCCCCUACUGCGGAAAACCUUUGUCUGAGCCAUGUUUUGAGCAUGAAAGGCCCCAGACCCUUGUCAGACCGAUUAUAUCAUCCUGCCAAGGCUCAAGGAGACAGAGCAGUGCCAGUCCUGAAAUCCCUUCCAAGAAAGUGAAAUGGUCCAGCUCUGUCACCUCCCCCUCAUCAUCCUGCUGCUUGGUUGGUGACAGUUCUGGGUCUAAAGGUACUGUGAGAUCCAAAGGGUCCUGGAGCAGACCCCCAACCCCCAAAAGCAGCCCACAGGCGACCAAGCGAAGCCCGCAGACGACCAAGCGAAGCCCGCAGGCGACCAAGCGAAGCCCACAGGCGACCAAGCAAAGCCCGCAGGCGACCAAGAGAAGCCCACAGGCGACCAAGCGAAGCCCACAGGCGACCAAGCGAAGCCCACAGGCGACCAAGCAAAGCCCGCAGACACUGAAGCGGAGCCGGGUGACUACCUCACUUGAGGCUCUGCCCACAGGGACGGUGGUGACAGACAAGAGUGGGCGGCACUGGAAGCUGGGACCCCUCCAGACCAGGGACGACCAGGGCAUUCUCUAUAAAGCUGAGGCUAUCUCCACCUUCGCCUGCAAGUCAAGUCAGAAACAGACAUUCUCGCUUAAACUCGAUGCCAAGGAUGGGCGCUUGUUCAACGAGCAGAACUUCUUCCAGCGGGCCGCCAAGCCUUUGCAAGUGAACAAGUGGAAGAAGCUGAACGCAGUCCCCCUACUGGCCGUCCCCACCUGUGUCGGUUUUGGUAUUCACCAGGACAAGUACAGGUUCUUGGUGUUUCCCAUGCUGGGGAGGAGCCUUCAGUCGGCCCUGGAUGACAACCCAAAGCAUGUAAUGUCGGUAAAGUCUGUGUUCCAGAUGGCCUGCCGGCUGCUGGAUGCCCUGGAGUUCCUCCAUGAGAAUGAGUACGUCCAUGGAAAUGUGACAGCUGAGAACAUCUUUGUGAAUCCAAAGGACCUAAGCCAGGUGACGCUGGCAGGCUACAGCUUCGCCUUCCGCUAUGCCCCCGGCGGCAAACACGUGGCCUAUGUGGAAGGCAGCAGGAGCCCACAUGAGGGGGAUCUUGAGUUCAUUAGCCUUGACCUGCACAAGGGAUGUGGGCCUUCCCGCCGCAGUGACCUCCAGACCCUGGGCUACUGUUUGCUGAAGUGGCUCUACGGGAUCCUGCCGUGGACAAACUGCCUUCCCAACAUCGAGGGUAUCAUGAAGCUGAAACAGAAACAAGUGGGCAACCUGAGCAGUGAAGCCUGGGCCCUGCUUCAGCAUGUGGCAACACUGGCCACCCGAGUCCACACUUCCUGUCCCUGCCCUCUGCUUGUAAAACCACCGGAUCCUGCUAGCUCUGGUUUAGACAUUCAGGACCAAGGACAGCGCGAGAGUAGCUGGUCCCGAAGAGACAUUCAGCACCAAGGACAGCAAGCAGCAGGGCUGGGAGGGAAGUGCACACGGCCACUUUGGUCUUCAGCACCAACGACCGUGGACAGCUGGGACGAGGGAAGCCCUGCGGGAGGUUGGGAUUCAAGAUCUGGUACAGCUGCGGGGGCGGGGGUGAGAGUUGCCCAGGAGUCAUCCAGAGGGCCCAUCUAGGAGAUGGUUGGCCAUCCAUGUGUGAAGUGCAGGAAUGAAGUCUAAACAGAGACUCAGACCUCAUUGCUAUCUCAGGAGUUGUCAGCAGAAGCCCUGGGAGAGAAUGGGAUUAUCCAGGGAAAGUGUGCCUGGUGGGAAGAGGGAAAACUCCAGGGAACGGCAUCGAGUCCCUCGUGCUUCUCAGUUCUCUGUGUGCCAUGCCGCUGGUUCAUGCUGAGCCUCUCUCUCGUUCUAUUUUUCCCUUUUAUAACCCCCCACCAUCUUCUCUCAACCAUGGACACCCACUCAAACAUACUUAACAUAUGUUCUACUAAUACAUUUGCUUAAGUGUAUCUGUAUCCUUAACUCACGUGGUGGUGGUGGCACUAUGUGUGUUUGACCUGCAUAAAUACUAUUCUGCUCUAAAUGUCAUUUGUUUCUGGCAUUUUUCACUCAGCACCGUGUUCUUCAACUUUAGCCACAUCAUUACACGUGCAUUGAGUUUACUGCUUCUGAUUCCUGCUUUUCAAUGAGUUGUAUAGACGUGUCUGUGACCUUGAACAAUCUAUGAUGAGUGUAUUUAAUUUGCAUAAAUAGUACUGAGCUCUAAAUUUCAUUCUGUUUCUUGCUUUCUUUCACUUAGUGCUGUAUUUUCUAAUUUUAGCUAAGUUGCUAGUUCACUGCCUCCAAAUACUGCUCCUGGAUUUGUUUGUUUGGAUGUAUCUGGAUCUUGAAAAAUCCGUGAUGUUGCUGUUGGGUGUGUAUUUGGUUGGCACAAAUGGUACCAUGCCCUGAAUCUCCUCCUCCUUCAGGGGUGUGUAUUUGGUUGGCACAAAUGGUACCAUGCCCUGAAUCUCCUCCUCCUUCAGGGGUGUGUAUUUGGUUGGCACAAAUGGUACCAUGCCCUGAAUCUCCUCCUCCUUCAGAUUUCUGCUCAAUCACUCCCCAGGGGAGGGCGUCAGGUUUCCUGCCUGUGGUUCUCAGAAGAAGGGAUCUGCCCCCAUCACACUGGCCUGCUCGUAAUGACCUAUUCGAGGCCAGCGUUUAUCAUACACUUGUCUGUGCCAGGCACUGUGCCCAGUGCUUCCUGUGUCAUCCUCAGAACAAUUCUGAGGUAAAUGCUCUUAUGACUGAGGCACAGAGAGCUCAGGGAAUCAGCCCAGGUCACACAGCCACUAAGGAGAGGUGCUUAGACUCACAGCCAGGCCAUUCGACUCCAGAGAAGUCUCUUUCACCUCGUAGCCGUGUGGGAGGCUUAUCACAGAUGGAUUGAUGGCGCUCAGAUGCAGCCUUCCUUCACUCAUCAGAUACUUAUUGAGCACUUACUAUGCACCACACCAUGGUCUAGUCCCUGGGGUCACGGGAAUAACUGAGACAAAUACCCUCUGGGAACUCCUAUCCUAGUGGAGGUGACAGACAGUAAAGAGACAACAAGUGAAACACAGAGCAUGUCACAGGCCAGACCGGUUGGGACCGUCGGGCCAGAGCCCUGGGUACCCACCAGGGGGACUGUCAGGGUGUGGGCACGCACCACUCCUUUAGAUUUAAUGGCCGGGGCAGGUCUCACGGCAAUGGUGACAGGUGAGUCGCCUCCAGAAGGGCAGUGAGGCAAGGAGGAUGUCUCACUUUGGCGCUGAUACGCCCUUGACCUGCAGAAGGAGGAAGAGACACACAGAGAGAAGCCCUGGGCUCCCAGGCUUCCACAAGCAACCUCUGCCUCAGAAGCCAGCCUCAGAACCCACCACAACAUGAGCCCAUUGCCCUAUUUUCUCAGAAUUUAUUUUUGCACUUCCUUUCUAGUUUUCCAGUAGCUCUCCAUUUUUGAAACGAGGCCGGGUGAGAAGGAGUCAGAGAAUUGGUAACAGUGGCAGUAGGAGCAUAUGGCCCAACUGCUAAAGCAUUAAAUGUGCCGGAAGCCUGUGAACAGCUCCUUCCCGCACUUCUGUUGUGUUAAGGACAAAGCUGAACUGCUCUUACAAGGAGAUCCUAAACCACGGUGGCUCAAACGAGGUAGAUGUUUACUUCCCUCUCGGGAACAGAGCCUUGGCCCCUUCAACAUGCGUAUAUCCUCCUGUGGGGCUAGCUUUGCCGCCCCCAUCUCUUGUUGCUUUGGAAGGGCAGGACUGGGAAUGACAUGCGUCUUUUUGGUCACAUGGCCACCCCAAGCUGCAGUGGGGGCUAGGAAACAUCUCUGGCCUGGGGCUGCUGACCCUUGGGAUUGUGCCCUUAAAGGGGAGAAGUGACAGUGGACAGCAGGUAGAGACCCCUCCACAGUGCCACCUUCAGCCAAAUUUCUGUGCGGGCAGGGACCGCAUCAGCUCUCCCCCUCAUGUGGUGCUCACAGCACAGCACUUGGCACAUGGUGGGUGCUCACGAAAUAGUUGCAGAAUGAAUGAACAAGGAAAGCAUGCGUGAGCCUUCAUUCACCAGCCCAGGCUUCCGUGUGGACCCACAGGUCAGGCAGACGCGGCCCCGGCCUUGGGGAGUUCCCAGGCUGGGAGGAGACACCUGGGCAGGAAGCAGGUGCUGCCUGUGAGGGUGGAGGCAGCCCCAGGAGCAUCAUGGGAGCAGAGUGGAGGCAGGUCACCUGGCCUCAGGCCACUGGGUGCCUUUACCCAAGCGAUGCCUGACCCAGUGUGUACAGAGCAGAGGGCUUUCCCAGACAGGCAAGGGAGGCAGGAUGUCUACGCAGAUAGGAUAGCACAUACAUGAACUACUCAUUCAUCCAGAGCCUGUUUCCCGAGGGCAUUUAUGUGCCAGUCCUUGUGCUGGGAAAUGCUGAAGACCCAGAUGUGAAUCAGCGGAGGGCACCACUUGUCAUCGGUGAAAUCACCCAUCGAGGCUUCACUGGGUUGAAUCCUCCAUCCACUGCUUCCUCUGAUUCCUAAGAACAGCCCUAUCCCCCUUUUCACAUCUUUGCCGCUUUCCACUUCAAGAGAGAUCAUCAGUGAGUGGGACGUGCUUCCCUAAGAGGCUCUGCGCUCACCAAAUUAGUGCAGAGUAAAUAAGAUAGGUCCUAGUAAUAAUUUUAAAGUAGAUGAUUUAAGAUAACAGUUCAUUCCCUGAGCCCCAGAUCCCAAUCACAACCGCAGAGGGAAGGUCGGAAACAUCAAGAUGCUCCACAGGGGGAUGGGAAUGGUGGUGAUGAGCUCAUUAUAGACACCGCACCCAGCCUCGAGUGCACUAACACAAAAGACUACGAGGGGGCGAUGUUGCUACAUGCACAUUUUCUGGAACCCUAACUUGUCCUCUAGGGCGUCCUCCUGGUGUGCAUGGCCUUUUUCCAUUCAUUCAACA